UCCGGUCAGUCAGUGAUUACGGGGCGACAUGUUAGACGUAUUUCUGUGAUUGCUCGCGCGCGAUAGUAUUCGUGGCGCGACUUUACAUGUUUCUCUCGUGCGUGCCAGACGAUAGACGUGUCCGAGGACAACGUCAAUUAAUGUGAACAACUGUGUUUGUGUAAAAGGAGAAGAUACUCGGAGAGUUUGGCCUUACCAAACAUGAGCUGGGGUACCGAGCUUUGGGACCAGUUUGACAAUCUAUCCCAUCAUACACAGAAAGGGAUAGACUUUCUUGAGAGAUAUGGACAUUUUAUUCGUGAUCGAUGUGCCAUCGAGGUGGAAUAUGCAGCAAAGCUCAGACGUCUCGUGAAGAGUUAUCAACCAAAAGAACCGAAGAAGAAAGAAGAGGAGGAGGAUUAUAAAUACAGUCCAUGUCGGGCUUUCAAAAUGGAAUUAAAUGAAGUGAAUGACCAAGCAGGUCAGAGGGAAGUUAUCGCAGAAAACUUACAAGCCACCGUUCUGCGAGAAUUAAACAUACUAGUGAAGGAUUUCAAAGAAGAUCGUAAAAAGUAUUUGCAAGAGGGUAUCAGAUUGAGGGCGGCUUUGGCUGGACAAAUUGGUAAUUUGGAACGUGCCAGAAAAGCAUACGAGAAAGCUUUUCGCGAAGCGGAAAGAGCCGUUGAAAAUUAUCAAAGAGCUGAUGCCGAUUUGAAUCUUUCUAGAGCUGAGGUAGAAAAGCAGAGGAUGAAUAUGACUCUGAAAACGCAACAAAGUGAAGAAGCAAAAACGGAAUACGCCAAUCAGUUACAAAAGACAAAUGACAUGCAAACCUUGCAUUAUCAUACGUCUAUGCCAGAAGUAUUUCAACAUCUACAGGAAUUAGAUGAAAAGAGAAUAAAGAACAUGCGAAAUUAUAUGAUCAAAUCGGUGGAAAUAGAACGUGCUGUUGCACCGAUAAUUGCUCAAUGUUUGGACGGAAUUGAAAAGGCAGCGAAUGAAAUAAACGAAAAGGAAGACACAUUAUUAGUUAUCGAACGGUAUAAAAGUGGUUUUCAACCACCAGGAGAUUUUCCAUUUGAAGAUCUAUCAGUCGCCAAGACGUAUGAUAGUAACAGUCAAUUAUCCCAACCUGCGAUGCAGCCAAUACACAAUCAUCUUACGGUAAAGGGAACUGUAUCCGGUGGAAAGAUCAAAAAGAGAGUUGGACUUUUUGGAAUUUUUAGUAGCAAUAAGAAGUUGAUCGAGGUGUGCAUAGCUUUAAAGAACAACGUGCCUGGUUACGGUGAUGGCGCUAAGGAGGACUGCAGCGAUUUACCACCUAAUCAACGGAAAAAAAGAUUGCAGCAAAAACUCGAUGAAAUUCAGGCAAAGAUUCAACAAGAAACAGCAGCAAGAGAUGGUUUAAUGAAGAUGAAAGGUGUAUACGAACAAAAUCCAGCAUUAGGUGAUCCGAUGAGUAUAGAAGGCCAAUUGAAUCAAUCCAGUAAUAAAUUAGACAAACUUGGUGCAGAAUUGACGAAAUUUCAAGGAUAUUUGGAAGAAGCUAUGCGCGCUGGUGUUAGCUUAUCCAGUCCAAGUCAAGUACAACGAAAGCCUACAAGUAAUGGUUCAGCGACAAGGCCAUUAAGUUCAAGAAGAUCCAGUCAUUCAGGUGGCGAAGAAAGUCUGUCGAGAUCGGCUUCUGAUUCUAGUGUUAGUAAUGCGAACGCGAAUCAGCCGGUACAUAAAAAGAGUGCACCAGGUACUCCUCAACCUAGCCACGGCCCGGAAUCUGGUCUUGGAGAAUCAAGAACGUCGCUUCCUGGUAGUGGUGGAGAAGAAUAUUACGUAGAUGAGAUAGAUGCGCAGCCACCAUUAGGAACCUGUAGAGCACUUUAUCCAUUUGACGCCACUAGCGAAGGUUCUAUACCAAUGUACGACGGUGAAGAAUUGUAUAUGAUCGAAUUAGAUCAGGGUGAUGGAUGGACGCGUGUUCGUCGUAUUUCACAACCAAUCGAAGGAUUUGUACCGACAUCAUACAUAGAGUGUCAUCUUUACAACACAUAGCCGCUCCUUUUAGGUCAUUAAAUAAGAUAUAUCUAACUUCAUAAGCGCAACGAUUGAUCCAGCGUUAAAGUUCAAUGCGAAACUUUUGAACUCUAAGGCCAAGGUUGUUUCUUCAAGUUUGCUCGAUGAAGUUAAUUCGUUCCGAGUGUUUUUAAACGCGUUGGCUUCAUUAUAUUGGCACUAGGCUUAUCGAUCUCUUUCUAUUUUUAAUUAGGAAAGUUUAACCAUUUGAUAUUGACGCGUGCUAAUAUUGUCAAGUUUAGAUAAAUACCAACGAUGAUGAUGAUGAUGAUGAUGAUGAUG